GGUUCUGAUUCCAGCAGACAUAAGAAGAGAUGGGUCAGAAUUCCUCCUCUUCCUAUCCUCAGGUGAUCCUCGUGGGUCUGGACUCUGCGGGCAAGUCCACCCUGCUGGCCAGACUGCUCACAGGAAAGGUGAUGGAAACAUCACCAACUGUGGGCUUUAACGUAGGAACUCUGGACCUGGACAAGAAGACAUCUCUGACUGUGUGGGAUGUUGGUGGCCAGCAGUGCAUGAGAGCCAACUGGAAGUAUUACCUGGAUGACUGCAAGGCGUUGGUGUUUGUGGUGGACAGCAGCGACCCGGCUCGUAUGCCAGAGGCCCAGAAGGCGCUGAAGAAGGUACUUAGUUAUGAGAGACUGCAAGGAGUUCCUCUGAUGGUUCUGGCCAACAAGAAGGAUCUACCCAACUCUAAGACUAUACGGGAGAUCUCCACCCAGCUGGACCUUCCCAGUUUCUCAGACCGGCUUUGGGAGAUCCAGGCCUGCAGCGCCGUGCAAGGACUGGGUCUGCAACAGGCUUUCAUUUCUGUUAACAAGAUGAUUAGGAAGAGCUGAGGAGGAGAACCA